CUUGCAUCUCAAAACUUGUCCCGAACAGAGAGAUAAGGACCAGAAACAAUUGGUUUGUGGCAUCCUUUCCGGGGUGCUGUAUGUAGGCCGACGGAAGUGCUAAUUUCACGGGAGUGGCAAGCGCGGGGACCCAAAACAAAAUACAUCGAAUAUCCUUGCCGAUAUUUCUUCACCCGAACGUUAGAUAUUUAAGCAAAAUAUUUUUGUCAUCUCUUCCCCUUAACUAUAUCAUCCCGUUCAGCUUUGACUCUCUUUCGUCAUUUAUUUGUCCUCACCCGCGAACAACAAUUAAAGGUUCCUUUCUCAUUAUUCGAACCUUUCAAUUCGUUGGCUCUUGAUUGACAAUUCUGCCGAGUUUCUGUCAACCUAACGCCGGACCAUUCUCAAAAGCCAGAUAGAUCUUCGCUCUCGACCCUUUUCGAGAGCUCGCAGAAUCCAACAGGGUGGCAUCGGCAGUUUCAACGCCCACCACACCUAAUUUUCCUCAUGAUUUGCUAACAGGAAACGAUACUGCUACCCAUCCUCUAUCAGGUGGCCUCAUCCACCGGAAGAACAAAGACGACUCUGGGGUAACCUGAGAAAGUGACAUUAAAAUGCCGACCUUAGCAAUUACCAACUUCAACAUUGUCCUCACCGUCCUGGGUGCAUGGAUAACUCUGUUUGGGCUGGUAUCGUACGUAUCCAAGGACAGAUUGUAUCUCUCAGACCCUCUCAUCUCACUCUUGGUUGGGGUAGCUUUAUCCCCACUGGCAGCAAAUCUCAUCCGGCCACUCGAAUAUGUAGGCGGUUCAGAGGUUACUCUGGAUGAAGUAACGCUGGGGUUCAGCCGCUUGGUGCUGGGUGUGCAGCUUGUGAUGGCGGGUGUACAUCUCCCCAGUCGGUACCUACGGCGGCAGUGGCGACCCCUGACCAUCCUAGUAGGACCCGUCAUGGCGGGGAUGUGGCUCAUGACAAGCCUGCUGGUCUGGGGGCUCGUCGUUGUGCCUUUUAGAGGGAGCACAGUAGACGGAACCGGCGUGUUGUGGGCCUUGGCAAUCGGGGCAUGCGUUACGCCCACCGACCCGGUGCUGUCGGGCGUGAUAGUCAAGGGCCGCUUCGCAGAUGAUAAUGUCCCACAGGAGCUGCAGCGACUGAUCAUUGCCGAGUCCGGUGCCAACGAUGGGCUCGGGUAUCCCUUCUUGUUCCUUCCGCUCUUCCUGCUCAAGUACGUAGCCGCCGGUGGCGGAAAUAAUCAAUCCCCAGUCCAGGGCGGUGCGUCGACGGCGAUGGGUAUGUGGUUCGGCGAGACCUGGGGCUACGUCGUCAUCCUCGGUGCAGUCUAUGGCGCCGUGGCUGGCUGGGUGGCCAAGGAACUGCUGCACUGGGCAGAUCGGCGCAAGUUUGUGGACCGCGAGAGCUUCCUCGUCUCCUCCAUCGCCAUGGCACUUUUCAUCGUCGGCACAGGCGGUAUGCUCGGCAGCGAUGACGUUCUCGCGUGUUUUGUUGCGGGAAAUGUGUUUACCUGGGAUGACUGGUUCCGGUUGGAGACGUUGGACGACAUGUUGGAGCCGACGGUGGAUAUGCUGUUGAACGUUACAAUAUUCAUGUGGUAUGGUGCCAUAUGCCCCUGGAACAGCUUUCUGCACAACGAUGUGGUUCCCAUCUGGCGCCUUGUCUUGCUUGGGAUCCUGGUCCUGGCCCUACGCAGGUUGCCGUUCGUGCUCGCCGCACACCGGUUCAUUCCGCAGAUCAGCGGAGAUCACAAUGGUAACAACAACAGCGGCUUGAGGCAGGCGCUUUUCGUGGGCUUCUUUGGACCCAUUGGCGUCUCCGCCAUAUUCUAUCUGCAGGUGGCGCUCGAGUUUGUCGCGGCGCUCGGUGAAAUGGGGCUUGGAGACGACAGCAGUAUCAAGGGCUUGACUGAGAUGCUGCGGGUCGUGGUUUGGUUCAUCGCGGUUUGCAGCAUUGUCGUUCACGGACUGAGCAUCCCCUUCGGCAAGAUCUUUUUCCGUUUCCCGCAUCAAUUCUUGGGGACCACGUGGGGUCAGGCACUGAGCCGCUCGUCCACGGUAGCAAUCCUCAAUCCUGCUCAGGGGUUGCCCAUCACGGCGCCCCCGACCACCGGGCCGCCAUCAUACGGGGGUGUGUCGAGGCCCGGACCCUCGGGCCCUGGCAUCUCAUUUGAGGAGAGUGGCCGACGUCCAUCGGCGUAGACUCUGGAGGUAGGAGCUUUCAAUGCAUAGAUUUUUUUUUUCUUUAUUUUUGGAAAUGAAGAAUCUAGGAGAGUGAGAAAGAAACCUGUGCUGGUGGCAGUUGAUAAAAUUAUCGGUCAAAUAUCCUGAAAGAUGUGAUGGGUUUUCACAUUAGGUUCUUAUCUCCCAAUGUGUGGGUGGCAACAUCGGAUGUUGUCUACAGCUGCAUCGGCCGAGUGGAACGCUCCGGAAUAUCUAUGCCGGGAAGGGCAGAAACUAUGUACAGACCAAUGUUUGACAAAAUCGAUACAUCGAAAGUAAAAAAUAAAAAUAAAAAAUAUAUAUGCAUUCUUGAA